CACACCUUUGUACUUACAAUAACCCUUUGACAACAGGUGAAGAUUUCUUUAGGAAGUGAAGUCGUCUAGACCACCCACCUAUGAAUGGGACAAUGGAAGCCGCAAUUCAAUCCCUUCUGCGAUCAUCUGAGAAUCUCCAGGCGGCACUCGAAGUCGAGGUCACACAACUUCAAGAACGCGGUGACCUUUCAAGUUCUUCUACAGAUGACCGAUCCAGACGCAUUCUGGCCGUUGUAUCGCACAGAAGGGACUACGUGGGAGAUGAAGAAGGCAGUGUUCUGAUUUUUAAGCGCACGCCGGGUCGCUCCAUGGAGGACUUGAGUGUUGAAGUUGCGUAUCCGAUCUCUGGAAGUUUUUCGUUCUCUGUUGCACAAGCAAGGCGAAAAACUUUAGACCUUCGCCCAUCUGGGGGAGAGACUGGUGCUUCGCUAUGUCAGUCGAGAUCAGAACUUACUUUGACCAUAAAGUAUGAGCUGGCUACUGAAAUACGAAGCCAUACUUUGAUCGCACGAGAUACGCGGAAAUUGCAGUCCUUCACCGCAGAAUGCAGACGUUUGAAGGACAUGUUCACUAGACAUGAAUUCGAUGCUGAUUUCUCUUGGCUAUCACUUUACACACAAGAGAACUCUUUGAAAUCCUUUUCAUCUCCUGUAGAUUUGCGCAUGGUCAAUGUACCGUUGCAUACGCGACUUUCGCCGGCAAGUGCGGGUCUGCCAGGAGACGAUGCGGACGAUAUCAGCAUUGUUCGCGAAAAUUGGAUCUAUAACAAAGCUAUUGAAGAAGCUUUCACUGGGUCAUCGGCGCGCCUGCUCAUCCGCACAGGGACAUUCAAUGUCAAUGGAAAAAUGCCGUCGCAGGACCUAUCUCCCUGGCUCAGACCAACGAAGCGGAAUUCAGAGAUAUCUGGAUGGAUCUCGCCUUUGAAAGCCAUAUCACCACUCGACAUACUUCCAAACCCAGUUGAUGAACAGAUGACCACCAGCCUAGGAGCUUCUUCUGCCACAUUAGCCCAUGCAAGUUUGAACAACGACGCAAAGGUCUCUGAUCCAGAUCUCCUUGUACUAGGCUUCCAAGAACUGGACCUUUCAACCGAAGCCCUUUUGUAUGCUACCAGUACCGUCAAGGAAGAUGCGUGGGUGGAAGCCAUCUUGGCUGGGUUGGGUGAGAGAGGGAUUCUCUACGAGAAGCUCGCUUCCAAACAGCUGGUUGGCAUGCUGAUCGUAGCAAUUGCGAAGAAGUCGCGUCUGUCAUGCUUUAGUGACAUCAGAUUCAGCACCGCUGGUGCAGGAAUCAUGGGCAUUAUGGGCAAUAAAGGUGCAACAGCGAUACGGAUGUCAUACACACCUUUAGCCCAAGAAAUCUCCCCAAGUCCCACAGUACUCACUUUCGUUAAUGCACAUCUCGCAGCAUUCGAUGAAAUGGUAGAGAGGCGAAACUUUGACUUCCACGAUCUUUCCAGGCGUCUAGUCUUUGAUCAGCCUGACGAACUUGAUUCUAAUUCUUAUGCGAAUACCGCAUCGGAAACUUCGAGAAGGCCUGUUGGGUUGUUUGAAAGUGACGUAUUAUUCUGGAUGGUGCAUUUGAAUUACAGGAUAGAUCUUGCGGACGGGGACGUCAGAGAACUACUAACAUCUUUUCCAGGCCCGGGUAACGUCCCACUUUUGCUAAAAUAUGAUCAGUUGAAGAUGGCUAUCGCAAGCAGGAAAGCAUUUGCCGGGUUCUCGGAGCAUGCAAUCACACAUAUGCCUUCGUACAGAUAUGCGUCAAAUACAUCAGAAGAUUCUCUGGGAUAUGAUCGAAAGCGCAAACCCGCAUGGACGGACCGCAUAUUACAUAUGUCGGCUCCAAGUGUUCCAGUCACCCAACGUUCAUACUGCAGCCAUCCUCAAAUAACAUUGAGUGAUCACCGUCCAGUGUCAGCUGAUUUUGAUUUAAACGUAUCAAUUGUUGACAAGCAGAGACGUGAGAUCGCCGCCUCUAAGCUGUAUCGGGAGUUAUGGGGCGUGGAACAUUCUUCAAAAACACCGAAAAUCAAGCUGCAGCCAAUGAAAUUGGACUUUGGAAAAAUCUACUACAGGCGUCCAAUCAGACAAACGUUAUCCAUUCAGAAUAAUGGACAGAUCCCCUGCGUUUACCGAUUUGUCACUGCAGAUGCUGAACAGCCAAUCUGUCCACAAUGGCUUAAGAUUGAUCCCGUGGCGGGCCUACUUCGUCCGGGUGAAUCGUCGACUAUCACCGUCACAGUGUUUGUCGAUAACUCGUCUGCGUCACGACUGAAUCUUUUACCGCCCCGCUUGGAUUUUACCCUCAUAUUGCACACUGCUCUAGGGAAAGAUCACUUUAUCUCGGUCACCGGCGAAUACCAACAUACUUGCUUCGCAAACAAGCUUGCCAGACUUACACGACUUCCCUGUCCCGUGCGAUCUAUGAAGUCUCCGAACGAUCAGGUACCUGCACAGCAGUUAGUGAACGCUCCGAGGGAGGUCAUGAGAUUGAUCAAUUGGUUGAUGACCUAUGUCACCGAUCCAAGUGAUUUAUUCAAUGGUCUUAUUGAAGAGAGCAUAUGCAUAAACAUCAGAGAGUGUCUUGAUACAGGAGAUCAAUUUCCAUCCCCCCAGUCUGGAGGAGAACACGGUCCGCUGACGACUGCCAUUGUAUCUACGUUGGUACAGUUAUUGGACUCGUUGGUAGAUCCUGUGGUGCCCCCGUACCUCCAUGCGCGGUGUCUGCAAAUGACAAGUAGAGACGAAGCAUUCGAGCUGCUGGAUGAAUUUCCUCCUGAAUCAGUCAAUGUAUGGAUCUCGCUUACUGCAUUCCUCCAUUAUAUGUCCCUGCAAAAACUGUCGUCACAAUCAUCGACGAAUCAAGCGGAAAUGGCAGAAAGGCUGGCGACUGUAUUUGCAUCAGUAUUACUGCGGGACGACUCAACAGGGCUUUACACUCCCGUGUCUCCAAUCGGAAAACGGAAGUUUUUGCUUCAUUUUGUUGGGUGACAUACACGCGACAUCCCAGAGGCAGGACAAUACAUGCAACUAGCAACAAUGAAAUUUAUAAGAUAUCGGACG